ACGGUAGCAUUCCGGGCCAGGCGCGGUGACUCACGCCUGUAAUCCCAGCACUUUGGGAGGCCGAGGCGGGUGGAUCACGAGGUCAGUAGAUCGAGACCAUCCUGGCCAACAUGGUGAAACCUCAUCUCUACUAAAAAUACAAAAAUUAACUGAGCGUCGUGGAGCGCGCCACAGUCCCAGUUACUUGGGAGGCUGAGGCAGGAGAGCUGCUUGAACCUGGGAGGCAGAGGUUGCAGUGAGCCGAGAUCGUGCCACUGCACUCCAGUCUGGGCCACAGAGCAAGACUCUGUCUCAAAAACAACAACAACAACAACAACAAAAAACGGUAGCAUUCUGCAGGGGAGGAAAAGUAGAAAAGUAGAAUCUUUCCUCACCCAUUGCUGGGUUCAUGGCUAGGACACUUAUAACAAAAGACAGGUCAACAAGAGAAAAGCACACGAAUUUAUUUCAUGUAAAUUUUACAUGACACAGGGGCCUUCAGAAAUGAAGACCCAAAGAAAUGGGGACAUGUAUUUUUAUGCGUUGGUUUCAUGAAGAGUGGGCAUCGUGGAGAAGUGAUUGGCUAAAGGGGGAAGGGGUAAUAAACCGGGGAGAGUCAGCCAGCCUGUUCAGAUUCUUCUCUCUGUCCCUGUGUCUUCAGAGGUAAGGAUGGGUCUUAUGGCCUCAUGGCCCUACUUCAGGGGGUUCGGGCAAAGGGAAGGUGAGUGAGGCCUUCCUGCUUUUGCUGUUUUCUUAAAUGCCAAGGUGCCAUAUUUUGGGGUGGCAUGUCCUGAACCCUGGCAGUUUGUUCAAUAAACAAACACAGAGUGUGUGGCAGGUAUGCCUGUCCCCUGGAUGGGAGGCUUUAGGCAGGCUUUAGCUCCUCAGAAUGACCCCCUCUGCCCCCCAGCUGCCUCAUGGCCCAAGGUCCUGCUGAUGCGACUGACUAUACCACCCCAGCCUGCCGGCUUUGGGUGGCCUGAGGGUCAUAGCUUGCCAGGUAAUUUUCCAGACAGUCUGAGGCUCAGAGUUGACUUCCCUGAUAAGAUGCCACACAUACCUCUCAUGAGAGUGUGAUUUAUUAACAAGGUGCAUGGCUCCAGCGCUCUGGGGAACCACCCAAGGCAGCCUGCUCUAAGGUGGAGCACGUACCUGGCGCUAGCCAUCCCUUAGCCGAGCAGUCACUGAUUGUGGCCUUGAUCUGGGGUCUUGGGAGGGGCUUAGCCCACAGGUUGAGGGUCAGGGCACUCACAAGGCUCCAAACCCACCAGGCCCUUGCCAUCUAAAGUAGGAUCCACUUGGCCAGGUGCGGUGGCUUAUGCCUGUAAUCUCAGCACCUGGGGAUGCUGAGAUGGGAGGAUUGCUUGAGGUCAGAAGUUUGAGACCAGCCUGGGCCACAUAGCUAGACCUGUCUUCACAAUAUCAAAACUAUUAGCUAGGCAUGGUGGGGUGCACCUGUGGUCCCAGCUACUCAGGAGGCUGAGGUGGGAGGAUCACUUGAGCUAGGGAGUUUCAGGUUGUAGUGAGCCAUGAUCACACCACUGCACUCUAGCCUGAAUGACAGCGAGACCCUGUCUCAAAAAAAAAAAAAAAAAGUCCACAUAUCUCAGGUAGGGCCUCAGGCUUUCUGAGUCAAUCUGCAUUUUAACAAGAUCCCCAGGAGAUUUGAGAGUAUGUUGCAAUGUGAGUGAGAAGCACUAGGUUAGAGUAAGCCACCUUCCCUCCAUGAGCCUCAGUUUUCCUAACCGAAAUAAAUAUUGAGCGGCUAGAAUACCUUUGGCUUCUUUUCCAGUGCUAACACAUUGGGAGCUAGACCUUUGGAGUGACCGUCUGUAGGGCUACUUGCAUUUUGUGGCAGUUCUGGGAAAGUGGAAUUCCCAGAAAUUCCAGUGGGAAAGGCUGGAGGGACCAUCAGCUCCUCUCUUCUUCUGUCUGCUUUACCCCUCCUCUCUAUUGGAGGUGCACAAUUUCCCAGGCCCUGGGAUACAGCAAAUGCAAUUCAAUCUGCUUCAGCAACACAGAUUGAGUUCCUUCUGUGUGCCAGGGUCUGCUGCAGCGAAUCUCCAGCCUGGCUGUACAUUAGAAUCACCUGCGUUGCUCUGUAAACUCCCGAUGCCUGGGUUCCACCCUAGGCCAGUGGAACCGGAGUCUUUGGGGGCGGGGCUGGACAUAGGUAUUUAUUAACAUGCUUGAACCAUUACAAUGCACGGCCAGCUUGAGAUUGGUCAGAAGUGAGAAAGAAGGCUACCGUAAGACCUACCCAGGCCAGUCCCCCAUUCCUGUUUCCUUCUCUUAGGCCGGCCAGCUCCAGCAGGUCAGGCUGCGAGUCAGGAGAAAUCACUGGGAAAUCCCCUGGAUAUAGUAACACAUGACAGCACCAUUGAAUUAAUCAUCAACUUUGUAACGUGAUCUCUGGCCCAUAAAAAGCAGACCUGCUGAAUCUUUGGUAACCUGUCCACUGGCCUUCUCCAGACAGUUCCUUCUAGACCUGGGGGCCUGUGCCUGAGGACCUUAGACUGAUGGGUGCCCAGCUCUGCUUCGAGGCCAACGCCAAGGCGCCCCGAGAGGCACUUCGCUUCCAUGCCGAGGCCAAGGGCGCACAGGUGCGUCUGGACACGCGUGGCUGCAUCGCGCACAGGCGCGCCACGUUCCACGACGGCAUCGUGUUCAGCCAGCGGCCGGUGCGCCCGGGCGAGCGUGUGGCGCUGCGAGUGCUGCGGGAGGAGAGCGGCUGGUGCGGCGGCCUCCGCGUGGGCUUCACGCGCCUGGACCCCGCGUGCGUGUCCGUGCCCAGCCUGCCGCCCUUCGUGUGCCCCGACCUGGAGGAGCAGAGCCCGACGUGGGCGGCCGUGCUGCCUGAGGGCUGCGCGCUCACAGGGGACGUGGUCCGCUUCUGGGUGGACCGCCGCGGCCGCCUCUUCGCCAAGGUCAACGCUGGCUGCCGGCUCCUGCUGCGUGAGGGCGUGCCCGUCGGCACCCCGCUCUGGGCCGUGAUGGACGUGUACGGGACCACUAAGGCCAUCGAGCUGCUGGAUCCCACAGCCAGCCGGCUCCCAACAGCCAUGCCAUGGGACCUCAGUGACAAGGCUGUGCCUGAGCCCAAAGCCACACCAGGAGAGGAGUGUGCCAUCUGCUUCUAUCACGCUGCCAACACCUGCCUUGUGCCCUGCGGCCACACAUACUUCUGCAGAUACUGUGCCUGGCGGGUCUUCAGCGACACGGCCAAGUGCCCUGUGUGCCGCUGGCAGAUAGAGGCGGUAGCCCCUGCGCAGGGCCCUCCUGCUCUCAGGGUUGAGGAAGGCUCAUGAGAGGAGGCUUCCCAGUAUGAGUGGCAGCCCGGGCCUAGAUCUGAGUCCGGCCCCUGCAGAGGAAGGAGGCGCAGCCCUACCUUCUUUCUGGGGAAGAGUCAGAAGGGCUGAUUAGCAAGAGGUGCGGCAGAGAGAGGAAGGCAGGGAGGUGCUGUCUGCUGCCUCCACCCGUUCCCUGACAGGAUAGCAAGGAAAAACCCCUUUCUGUCCAUGCCAGAACUAUCCUUCUGAUGGGGUGCUUUGUUUAGAGAUGGGGUGGCCCAAUCCCCAAUCAGUUUUACAGCUGAGGGAGUUCAGGUAUCUGUUGUGUCUGGUGAAGCCCUGUACCUCCUGGGUAUUGAAGAACCUGGACUCGAAGCAGGAGGUAUCUGCAUGGAAUGUAUAAAGUUCCACGUGGAAGCUGGGUUGCCUCCCACAAGUCCCCAGUAGAGUGGAUCUGUAGUUACCCGCCCUGCCUCCCUUUCAGGGUGGUCACGAGGUCCCAGUGAGACCAUGAGUCUGAAGAUGAUUUAAAACAUGAAAGUGUAUUGUUGUCACUGUGGUAAUUUCCUUGCCAGUUUCUGAGAUAUCAAAAUAAAGUUUGUGUUUCCUGAA